AACACUCUGAAACACAGUCAGAGUUAUAGCAGAUUAAUAGUAAGAGGCAAUACUGUGUCUUUUUAGCCAAUGAAAUACACUCAAAGAAUGUAUACUGUGUCUUUAGCCAAUCAAACAAUUUUACAUACAUGCUGCAUAGUUGUUGAUGACCGCAGUAUCGCACAUUGCCGCCAUGUUCAAAGGUUAGGUCAGUAAAAACAACUGCAGUUACAUUAAAUGGGUGGUGAAACAGACAAGGAAGACAUGUUACAACUAAUAGAAUAAGCUAUUAAAUUAUAGAGUAAAUGAUCAGUUAUCAAUAUAUUCAAAAUAUUAGACAUUACACUACCAUGUAAGAUUAUAGUUUCUAAACAAAUCUUUGGAAUGGUGUCGCUAUGUGCAAUAUUUUUGGUGGAUAUUCAGAAUUGUAUAGUACUGAGGUGGCAACCCUAAUACCAAAUGUGUUUCUGAAAGAGAAUGUGUUUAAAGCUGGCUUCGCUAAAACGAUGUAUCAGAAAAUUGUGUCCGACUAGGGAACAUUGUUUAAAGUUCCGAGAAUGUAUUUUAGUCAGUGGCCGAGCUGUAAAAAUAUUUCAAUAGGAUAGCGGAGGUGCGGCGAGAAUAUUUAUCCCCAGUUUGUUGGGGCGAUUAUGCGGACCGGAUUAAAUUGUGUUUCGUUUGGAGUCUGCAAGCUGAGUACUCCUGAUACAGAGUGCGUUUCCCAAAAGCAUAUUCGAUAAUAACCUCAGCAUCUUACAUAAUUGGAACCAUGCAACUAAACAGCUCUAGCGGUGUAUGUUGCUAACGGUAUAUUUGGGAAACGUGCCCAUAGUCGGCAGUGAUAAAUACACAGAGCAGUUUACAGGGGUGGUUGUUAUUAUUUUUUUCCCAGAGGACGGAUGGUAUCCACGUGAUUCCUAUGACAACUCGAGCCUUGGGUUUAUUGUAUUAGCAAAAUACAGAAAAACUGUAAUCGCACUAAAGCUUCCGCCUAUUUGCAACAUAUCGGCCAUCAUCCCGGAAGUUUACGGCGUUUCUUAGCAACACAUGGACGCCUGGCAAACGAAGCCGACAAUGGAAGUAGAUGGAGAAAAAGAAAGAGAGAUGGAGGCGAUUUCAUCCCAGAAUGACAAGGACAGUGAACUGGCUUGUGAUCGGGGGGAGACAGCAGACGGCUCUGGGGUAUCAGUGCCCCUCCUGCAUGAGGAUGGACCAGAGGAAGAAUCGGAGAUGGAAGGGACAGGAAUCAACAGUACAAACCUCUCCCCCCAUUGUGACACCAAUGGCACAGGGGCCAUACUAAUCACACCCAGUUACUCAGGAGGCACGACAGACGUCCCAGUCGCACCUGAGGCCUCUUUGCACCUGACCAUCCCCGUCUCUGCCAGUGAGCGGGAGGAGCCUAAUGGGGGUGAGGAAGAGGAGCACGAGGAGCUGGUUGUUCUGGACCCUGAGCAUCCUCUAAUGAGGAGAUUCCAGUCAGCUCUGAAGAACCACCUAAAAAAGCAACUAGACAGGCUGAACAUGGAGAUCCGUGAACAGCUGGCCAUGGAGCACGCGGAGUGCACCCGCCGGGAGGAGCUGGGUGUGGAACUGUACUCUGUGCAGCUGCAGCUGGCCCAGCUGCAGGCCGCCCUGGAGGGUCGUCACGAGGCCAACGCGCAGGCGGCCAAGCAGCGUCUGCGCGCGCAGGAGCAGCUUGAGGGAGUCCGCAGCCAGUACCAUGCUGCUGUUAACAAGACUGGCCAGCAGAGGGUGCAGGUGUCUCAGCUGCAGACCGAGGUAGAGAACCUGGCCCUGCGCCUGUUCUACAUGCAGGAAGUCAGCGAGGGCGUGCGAUCUGACCUCACCACCAUGAAGAACGCCUCCCGCAAGGCCCAGUCUGAGAAGCUGCAAGCGGAGGAGGAGAAGCAGAAGCAGGACCUGUAUGUGGAGCGGCUGACCAAGCAGGUGGAGAAGCUGACCGAGCAGAUUGCGCUGUAUGAAUUCCAGAUCAGCACCCAGUCCAAGGAGACCCAGGCCGCCAAGCAGGUCCUUGUGGAGGCCCAGAUGGAGAUCGACUCCCUAGAGGUGGAGCGAAAGCAGCUCCUGCAGCAGUGGAACAGCAGCCUGUUGGGGAUGCAGCGGCGAGACGAGGCCUUCGCCGCCAAGCAGGGGGAGCUGCGGAUGACUCGUCACCACAUGCAGUCACUGGACACAGAGAUCGAGGGCUUCAAGAAAUCCAUCACGCAGGAGGAAGAGCGCAACGAGCUGCUGACGGCGCUGCUGAGCCGCACGCAGAUGGGCCAGACCACCACCCGCCGACUCAUCGGCAACAGCCAGGCCCAGCAGGAGGCGCUGCAGGCCCAGUAUAGCACCUAUGCACGCACACUGCAGGAGACUGAGCAGACUCUGUCUCGCCACGCAGCGGAAUGUGCCGCGCGUCAAACUGAUGCCGCCUCCCUCCGAAAGGAGGUCGAGAAGGAGUCAGCAAUUCGGCAGGAGCUGGAGGAGAAGAUCAUGGCCAAGAUGCAGGAGCAGCAGUUACAUGGAAACGCUGCCAAGUUCUCCCACGGGCUGAUUGAGAAAAUGGCCGCCCACCGGAGGGAGAAGGAGGCACAGCUGGCGCAGCUGGAGAACGAGGCGGCGCAGGCGGGGCUGGAGGGCGGCGAGACGGCGCUGCGCUUGGAGUCGCUGGGACGCCACCUCGGCGAGCUGCGGCAGGAGAACGCCCGUCGGCACGAGCUGCUGUCCCGCGGCGAGGCCGAAUUCCACAGAUGCGCUGCUGUGAUCGCCCGCAAGCAAUCAGCCAUCAAUGUAUACAAUAAGAAAAUCGAGCAGAUGGUCUUCAGCACUGGGCAUGCUGACCUGGGGCCUCUGGAGAUCCGCGUCAGCACUCUGACGAAGCAGCUGGAGGAAGCAGCAGCCGAGAUCGUGGAGCAGCAGCAGUUCUGGCUUCGGCACCAGGGGGAGCUAGUGAGGCUCACUCAGGAGAAGCAGGCACAAAGCGCCGCCCUGCUGGCCCAACAGACUCGGCUCACCAUCCUGCAGCAGAGGAAAGUGCGCACGGAGGGGGAGAUCCAGCAGGAGCAGCGGGAGCAGGCAGAGCUGGAGCGCCACAUAAAGGGGCUGUUGGCCGACACCGUGAAGCUCAACACUCUGCUGAGCAGGAACAGCCAGCUGCGGCAGGCGCUGGAGCAGGGCAACGCGCUGAUGGAGAGCGGCUUCCUGCAGAAGCUCAAGGAGGCUGAGAGGGAAUCUGUCCGGAUGCAAAUGAAGCUGGAGGAGGUCCAGGAGAACAAGGAGAGGUUGAUCAGCAGACUGGUAGAGGCAGAGCGGCACGUCAUGUUGUGGGAGAAGAAGAUACAGCUGGCCAAGGAGACCCGAUUAGCCGUGGACUCCGAGGUCGGCCAGGGGGAGAUCCGGCAGAUGAAGGCUGAGAUCCACCGCAUGGAGGUGCGCUGCGCCCAUCUGAUGAAGCAGCAGGAGCGGCUCCUGCGCGACAUGGAGGCGGCGGUGGCCCAGCGGGAGGCGGUGGCGGGGCGAGCCGCAGCGCGGGCCAAGGCGCGCGCCGGGCAGCCCACCCAGACGGAGUUCCAGGGCUUCCUGCAAGGCCUGCGCAGGAAGAUCCAGGACACACAGAAGCAAACGGCAGAGAGCGACGGCAUCAUUAACAGUCUACAGGAAACCCAGGCGAACCUGGGAGCCAGUUUCAGGGAGAAGCAGCAGCACCUAAGCCAGCUGCAGGACACCGGCGCCGCCCUGGCUGCAGACCUGCGCAGGCUGCAGGACACCAAGGAGCAGAACCUGGCGAGGCUGGUGACACUGCAGGGCCGCGCCAAGCAGCUGCGGGCGGUGCAGGAGGGUCGCUACACCCGCCUGUCUGCCAGCGAGGAGGCACUAGAGCCAGCCAUACAGCGGCAGGAGGAGCGACUCCACACCAUCAGCACCAUCCUGCACCGCGUCCGCCAGGAGCUCCCCCAGCACCAGGGGACGCUGCACCGCCUCUCCCUGGUCUUGAGCUUCCAGCUACAGGGAGCGCAGGAGUCUGCGUGAGGACCCCGCCAGGGAUGACUAUCAACUGCCUGCACACUGUUCUGCAAACUGCUGUUCAUUAUAGUAACAGCGGGGUAGUAACAGCAUCACUGUGACUAUCAGGGACUUUGAUUUCAUUUUAGAAUUUAAAAAACGUCCCCAGGGACACUGACAAAGUCAUCAGACUCAUGGAGCUCUUUAUCCAAUACCCAGAAAGCUAUAACGUGACUCCGUCUUUCCAUGUGACUUUUGCAGUCACCAGGACUAUUUUUAGCAACGAGUAGACUUUCAUUUUUGAGGUGUGACGUCAUCUGCAGCUCUGAGAGUAAUCAGAUACGUAUCUCUGUGGUUGUUUGUGUACAGUGCUGCUUUUACCCGAUGCACUGACAGCUGAUAUACGAACACGUUUCUCUUGUGCAAACUCUCUCGCUUUUUUUAUCGCUGUUAUAUUGCUUUCCGUCUUGUUUAAUGGAAAAACUCUGGACAGCAAAAAUUCAUUUAAAGGCAUUGAUUUUGCAUUGAUUUGGAUUUUUGGUUUCCUUUGGUUUUUUUUUCGUGCAGCUGAACUCUUCGUUUAAUUUUUAUACUCAUGUAAAUGGUUGGAUGGGACCAUAUUUGAAGGAGUUUAUGCUCCAUAUGAUAAGAGUACUUGUACCUUACUCUAUUGAUAAUAAUACUUGUUGAACUGUUUUGCAUUGCUGAGUUCUAUGUUACC